UCCGCAUCGCUCUCCCUUCUCCAUCUCUGUGUCUCUAUCCCUCCCUGCUCUCUCCGCCGGUGGAUUUUUAGCCCACUGCUGUGUUGAACACCGCCAAAAUGUCCGACAAGCCUGAUAUGACUGAGAUCGCCCGUUUCGACAAGACGAAGCUGAAGAAGACGGAGACAAAAGAGAAAAACCCUCUGCCCACCAAAGAGACCAUCGAGCAAGAGAGGAAAGGCGAUGCCACACCUUGACUUCUGAGCACGUGAAGAGAAGACGCUGAGAUGCCACAGCAAAAAGCACUUUCUUUUGAUUAUCACAGUAUUUCAAUCUCUUGCUUUGUCUUCGGAUAAGGGUGCUCUUGAGCUCCCUUGGGGUGCCGUAAGGGUGUAUGGCAUCCUCACAUGGGGGCUCUCUUACCACUUUGGUGGAGAAAAAAAAAACUUUAGCCUGGGUGUCUGUCUUGCACUGUUAGCCUAUAGCUAACAAGUCACCAAUAUUGCCAAACUGAGGAGUGGUGUAGUGAUGUAGCACAGAGAGAUGGACAGGCAUCCAGGCUAUAUGGGAGAGGGGAGGGGUCUACAUUUGUGGGAGCACUCGGAGUCAAUCAUGUGGGAUGUUUUCUUAAUAAACUUUUUACUUUUCUUUAUGAAAUAAAUAUGAAGACAUGGAACCAGUC